GAGUGCGACGAGGCAACAAGGUUGAAUGAAAGAACAGAAAUAUUGUUUCCUGCCACGAACAMGAAUCUUUUCGCGAUACYGAACAGUACAGUAAAAAUCCAGAACAACGAGUCGAGUCGAAAGAAAAGGAUGGCCCGUUCCUCCCCCACUGGUGUCUCCAAGCGGUUUCUCGCGGCCCUCGUUGUCGCCCUUGCGGCUGCGAUCCGUCCCGCUUCGUCGUUGCUGCAGGCGUCGCUGGCAGAGGCACGGGCAAAAGCAAAGGCACCGGCGCAACAACGGCGAUCGCCAUUGCCAUUGCCAUUGCCAUUGCCAUCGCUAGCGGCAGCGGCAGCGGCGCCACCUAGAUCGCUGCCAACGCUUGCGUUGUCGGCGUCUCCCAACGGCAGCGGGGGCGGCUCCGGCCGCAGAGAGGUCCUCCGGCGGGCCUUCCUCGCCGCUGCUGCUGCCACCGCUUCCUUUCCCUCCGGGUCCCUCGCCUUUCCCAACGCUGUUCCGGACGCCCGGAAAUUCGCCGACAAGACCAAGCGGAGGGGGACCCCGCCGAAGGACCUGGGGAUCCUGCCCCGGACGACGGAGGGGAUCGACGCCUCCGUUACGUCGCCCCGCCUCCGGACCUGCGACGGCAAUCCCAACUGUUUCUCGACGACCGGCGACGCCCUUCUCGAGGACCGGCAGCAGUACGGAGUGGACUUUUUGGUGGCGCCCUGGGUGCCACCCGCUGGAGAAACCGACCCCAUCGGGGGCAUUGCGGCCGUAGUGGCCUCGUACGAGCCGGGCCAGGGGGGGAUCGACGGGGGAGGCUUUGCCCUCGUGAAGCAGACCGACAACUAUCUCUACUACCAGUUCGAGGCACUCAAAAAGGGAUUCAUCGACGACGUCGAAUUCGCCGUGGUCGGGAACGACACCACCGCCGUCCAGGUCCGCUCCGCGAGCCGCGUCGGGGUCACCGAUUUCGGGGUCAAUGCGGUGCGACUGAACUACAUUUCCCGAAAGCUGCGGGCCGGGGGAUGGACGAUCGCCGAGAUCACCCCCGAGACCCACCGGGACUACUGGAUCACGGCGAACGAGGCGAGGGAGGCCACCUUCGACGCCGAUCGCCGCAGCAUGGACUGAAACGCAUCGUUUCCGGAAUCUACGUGGCAAAAUAGUUUGGCUUUCGGUUUUCCGACAUGGAUCGUUUUCGAUCGAGUUCGUGCAAGCGCCGGUAUCCCCCGGAUUUUUUAGCUAGA